CGGACUACCUAGAUGACCAACGGGACUUGUCGGCAGCGACCUCUGGAUUCUCCCAGAGACUGUACCAGAAAGUGGCACUGGGCUUACCAAGUAUGGUCUACUCACCUUACAGCGUCCAUUCGGUAUUGGCAAUGACGUCAUUAGGCGCCAGAGGAAAAACAGCUACAGAAAUGAAACAGGCGCUUGGGAUUACAUCUCUUGCUGACAAUACUCAUGAGAUUUAUAAGAAACUUAUUUCGGAUAUGAACUCUGUACCGGAUGUGAAAUUAAACACAGGAAACGCCAUUUUUGUGAACCCUGCAUACGAAAUCGUGCCUCAAUUUGUGGCUGAUGUUGAGAGCAAGUACUUCGCCAAGGCUGGUAACAUUGACUUGUCUGCCCCUGGGGGACCAGAGGAACCAAUCAACACCUACGUGGCAAAUGCUACAGGAAAUAUGAUACAAAAUCUCCUUCCAAAAGGUUUGGUAUUGUCUGAACACCAUCAGUAA